GAGCAGGCUAAAAGCAACAAAUUGUUACUUGUUGCGCCAAUUCCUUGCUUUGACUGAUUCGACUCGUCGUCAGGUUAUCAUUGUUGUUCGAGCGUCGUUGAGAACAUUUGUUCUGCAUCAUCUUCACUGCUGAUGUAACGCGGACAAAACCAUACAGGAAGAAAAGCAAAGGAAAGAGAGACUGCGAAGUAGUGGACGCGUGGAGGACGACGAAGACGCGCCCCUUGACGUAGGCCAUUUUGCGUGGCGUCGGGACUGAUGAAAGGGCCUGUUCCUUCAGGGGCAAAUACACACGCUUGUGCUUUCUCCCAGAUGCCUGUAAUGUGGAGCAGAAACAGCAAGUAAGGAAAGUCAAGCUUGAGAACUUGAGAUCCCUCUCUCUUUCUCUCUCUCUCAUGCAGUCUAAUAAGGAAUUAUCUUGACGGCACUAGAAAUUGCUACACAACACCAUGGCACAACCAGUACAAGAAAUAAAAAUCCUGAAGAUAGAGGAAUGUUCUGAUUCUAACAUUAUAAUUGAACAUGGGACCACAGAAAUCUUGUUCGAUGGAGAGAUCUCACAGGAUGAAUCUGAAGUAGAUAAUAAACCAGUUAAUGAAAAAGAUAAUCUAAUUAUUUCUAUUGAUUAUCAAUGUGUGACGUGUCAUCGUGUUUUUCCAUCUAAGGAUAUGUUGCAGAAGCAUGUAGACAUGUGCAGAGAGGAAGAUGAUUCAACUAUUAUCAUGGGACUUGACAAUAUGACAAAUUACGAUUCAGAAGAGGAGGACGAAGAUGAAGAUGAUCCUCUAGCAAGUUCAAAUACUGAAGAUUCAGAUGCUAAAGGCCAAAAAAAUAAUAAUGAAAAACCAAUGAUUACGCCCGUGCCGGAAACGCAAUGCCAUUGCUGCGGGGAAAACUUAAAGACGGCACAUAGCGGCGGGAAUUACAAAUGUGUACAUUGUGAUCUCAGUUUCAAAAAGAAAGCAUCUUUAGAUAGACAUGUUAUAGUCAUACACUGGAAAUGCGAUUUGUGCACAUGCAAUGAAUGCGGUUCUUCCUUCCGCGACAAGAAAGCCUUAAAUAAACAUCGUUAUACAACACAUGAAGAUCGCAAAAUUUUUAAAUGCGAGCCUUGUGACACUUAUUUUUCCCGGAGUUACCACUUAAAUCGGCACAUAAUGCAGUCUGGUUGUCACGGUAACAUACUUAAUAUGUUCAGUUGUCAAAUUUGCAAAAAAGCUUUUACACGUAAGGAUAAUUUGCGAGAACACUUGCGUUCUCAUGCAGGAACACCGCAAAGACAAAAGAAGAAAUGUAAAUAUUGCCCAAAGGAAUUCUUUACAAACCAACAGUUGGUGAUACAUGAACGCAUGCAUACGGGAGAGCGACCGGUCCAUUGCGAUUUAUGUCCGAAGACAUUCCUUUCGUCGCUUGCGCUGAAAAAACAUCGUCGGGUACAUACUGGAGAAAAGCCGUUUGAAUGUAAAUAUUGCAAGAGGAAAUUUGCCGCUCGUGAGACUUUGAAUCGACAUCAACGGACACAUACGGGCGAGAGACCGCAUGUAUGUCAAUAUUGUGGUAAAUCAUUUAUACAGGCAGCGCAAUUGAGAGCACAUGUGUUCCAUCAUACCGGAGAAAAUGGAUUCUCUUGCGAUGUAUGCGGCAAGGCGUUUAAUCGGAAAGCGCGUAUGAAUAUCCACAAGAAGUUUGUUCACGAAGGAGCGAUCCCAUUCACUUGUAAAGUCUGUGACAAGGGUUUUACUCGAAGGGAGGAUUUGGUGAAGCACGCGCUGUUGCACACUGGCGUUAAACCGUUCCAGUGCGAUAAGUGUAAGAAAGCUUUCUCCACAAAGUCAUCAUUACAGGCUCAUCUUAACACCCACAGGCGUGAACCACCCCAAUCGUGCAUCGAGUGCAACCGAGUAUUUAUCCGGCAAGAUUGCCUAAUGCGUCACAUUCGGGCGAAGCAUCGGGAAUUACUGGAAGAUGUAAUGAAUGAGGUCGAGAAAAAACAUUUGCAAAAGCAAUUGCAUAACAUUGCGGCGAUCGCUGCUGAGAAAACGAAAACUGGCGAGUCCAAAAGACUUUCCACCGAUGAGUUGUUGAAGGCCAUUAUAGAUCUUUUGAGAAUACUUAUCGACGAGGAAACGUUACAGUUAUUUGGUUGGCCAGAAGCUCCGAUACAAGAUAUUCUUGAAGCCGUGAUUAGAAGAUGCGGACAAGAGCCGAUUACAGCCGAAUCUAAUAUGAUGUUUACUGAUAGGCUACGACAAAAUAUUAAGCUUUUGUUCACUGUCGUUACGAAUACUGUGACUGACGAGACAGUAAAAUCCCUCCUGACAACGAAAACGGUGGACGAUGUUAUCCUCCACGUUUUAGAAAUAUCUAAAUAAUUCGGAUGCAAGAUUUUAAGAACGAAUAGAUAUAUGAAAUAUAUUUUUUUCCUAAUUUUAAAUAUUUUAAGAUUGAUAUGAUGCAAAUGACAAAUAGAAUCAGGAUUUUAAUUAAUAAAUUCGUGUACAUUAUCGAAGAAAACAAAAAAAAGGAAGAAUAUACACAUAAACAGGCGCACACAAAAAUUUUAUAAAGUUAACAGAAUGACUUUUAUAACGUGUGUUUUUGAUUGCAAUGGAUUUUGAUCUGAGUUAUGUUAUCAUAGUAUAUAUUUCUUACAUCUAAAAUAAGAUGACAUAGGAUGCGUUAGAAAAAAAAA